CCUCGCGCCGCGCGGAGCACUCCGGGAGCGCGGUCAUUCGCCGCGGCGGCCGCCCGCCCUCAGCCUGAUCCCGCCGCGGCGGCCACCGCUCCGCGCCGAUCCCGCCCAUCCGGCUCCCCUCGCCUGGGGAAGGGCGCGGGGGGCGCUCCCUGAGGGCGGUACCGCCGUGUCCCCCCGGGCGGGGAGGGACGGCCCGUCCGCAGCGCGCGUCACGUGACGGCGGCGACAGCGACGGUGACAGCGCUGGGACCGCGGCCGGGCCGCCACCGCCAUGGGCAUAAAAUUUUUAGAAGUUAUUAAGCCAUUCUGUGCAGUGUUACCUGAAAUCCAGAAACCGGAAAGAAAAAUCCAGUUCAGAGAGAAGGUACUAUGGACAGCCAUCACACUCUUCAUUUUCUUAGUGUGCUGCCAGAUCCCUUUGUUUGGAAUCAUGUCAUCAGAUUCUGCAGACCCCUUCUAUUGGAUGCGAGUCAUUCUUGCAUCAAACAGAGGUACUUUGAUGGAACUGGGUAUCUCACCCAUUGUGACAUCAGGUUUGAUCAUGCAGCUGCUGGCAGGAGCAAAGAUCAUUGAAGUUGGUGAUACUCCAAAAGACAGAGCCUUGUUCAAUGGAGCUCAGAAAUUAUUUGGGAUGAUUAUUACCAUUGGGCAAGCCAUUGUGUAUGUUAUGACUGGAAUGUAUGGAGAUCCUGCUGAAAUGGGUGCUGGAAUUUGUCUUCUUAUUAUAAUUCAGCUGUUUGUGGCUGGUUUGAUUGUGUUGCUGCUAGACGAGUUGCUACAGAAAGGUUAUGGAUUGGGGUCUGGUAUUUCCCUGUUUAUUGCUACCAACAUCUGUGAAACCAUUGUCUGGAAAGCUUUCAGUCCCACUACCAUCAACACUGGCAGAGGAACAGAGUUUGAGGGUGCUGUGAUUGCAUUAUUCCAUCUCCUGGCCACACGAACUGACAAGGUCCGGGCUCUGCGGGAGGCUUUUUACCGACAGAAUCUGCCCAAUCUCAUGAACCUGAUUGCUACAGUGUUUGUGUUUGCUGUAGUCAUCUAUUUCCAGGGGUUCCGAGUGGAUUUACCCAUCAAGUCUGCACGGUACCGAGGGCAGUACAGCAGCUAUCCCAUCAAGCUGUUCUAUACCUCCAACAUUCCCAUCAUUCUGCAGUCUGCCUUGGUGUCAAACCUCUAUGUCAUUUCCCAGAUGUUGUCUGUUCGUUUCAGUGGCAACUUCUUGGUGAACUUACUGGGACAGUGGGCAGAUGUCAGUGGAGGUGGCCCUGCUCGCUCUUACCCUGUUGGUGGCCUGUGCUACUACUUGUCUCCUCCAGAAUCCAUGGGUGCAAUAUUUGAGGAUCCUGUCCAUGUAAUAGUUUAUAUAAUAUUUAUGUUGGGAUCCUGUGCAUUCUUCUCCAAGACUUGGAUCGAGGUGUCUGGCUCAUCAGCAAAAGAUGUUGCCAAGCAACUCAAAGAACAGCAAAUGGUGAUGAGAGGCCACAGGGAUACAUCAAUGGUUCAUGAGCUUAACAGAUACAUCCCUACAGCAGCUGCAUUUGGUGGUUUGUGCAUCGGUGCCCUUUCAGUACUAGCUGACUUUCUAGGAGCCAUUGGCUCUGGCACUGGCAUUCUGCUUGCAGUCACUAUUAUUUAUCAGUAUUUCGAAAUAUUUGUAAAAGAACAGGCUGAAGUUGGAGGAGUAGGUGCAUUAUUUUUCUAGAUGUCCAAAUAUUUCAUGGUUUGUGUGAAAGGGAAAGUAUUUUGACAACAUGCAUCAUUUAGUCCAAUAAUGCUAUUUUCUUUUUACUUGUUUUCAAGUGCUACGUGUCCCAUUACUGUAAUGGGCAUUGAGGAUGCCUGUGUGCAGCAUUAGUACCAGCUGCCUUAAGAAUAAAGUUUACAUUAUCUUGUUUAAGUAUUAUCUAGUGUUGCCUGUAAUGCUGGAAACAAUUCAUCUACCUUGCUGUUCAGACACUACAGUGAGAUGGUAAAAUGUAUCAGUUUGAGAGCCGUAAAGGUCUUUGCACACAGCAGUAAAGUGUUAAAUUAAUUUCCCUGUCCCUAACAGAACAAAAAAACCACCCUGAGUUCAGAUUGCCACUUGCCAGUAUCCCUGACAAAAUUUAUUUGUAUCUGUAUUUUACAUUAAUUUUUUAUACUUUUUUAAAACGCACUUCCCCACCACUGAACUCAGCACUCCUUAUUCCCUUGCCGUGCCUCCCCCCCGGCGCCUUUCUCUGGGCUCUGAGGGUGGCGAGCAAACCUUUCCCGGCGGCUGAUACUCAUCUCGCCCGGAGCUGCUCGGGGGAUGUGCUGCGGCCCCGGGCCCGCGCGGGGCAGCCGCUGUCACACCGCCAGGGCGGCCAGCCCGGCAGCGCCGCUCAGCCGUGCCACUGAAACUUCAUGUCCACUUCGCUUUUGUGAGGCUAAAGAACGAGGCCUGGUUCCUAGAGCAGUUCAGAGGAGGGAAAAGGGGGAACGGGGAGUUCCUGCUGAAAAUUUGUCGCACUUUACAGCGGCCAUGUAACAAAUGUAAGCGUUAGACAAUAAACUUAUUUAA